CCUACCCUUUCCUGUUUAGACAGUUGUGUGCAUUGAAAAGUAUGUUCAAGUCUUAAAUGUUACUCCCACCGAAUCACAUCUUAAAUCGGCUAGUGCAGUGUGAAGAUUCACACAUCUGAUCAAAUAGUUUGAAGAUUCAUUUCAUCUCAGGAAAUUAAGCAAUCUCCAAGCUCCCAAUGGCUUCUAACCAAAUUGAAGAUUUCCAAGUUUUCCCACCCCUAAGCCCAGUUUCACAGAUCAUCAGUAGCCCUAUAUUAUCCCUAUCUGUUAUUGGAGUUCUUGAGCUUGAAGAUCCAUUCAACAAGUCUCAAACAAUAGAGCUACUUAGGGAUGUGUUGGUUCCUACCAAUCAUAGGUUCUCUUCUAUCAUUGUUACAGACAAGAAGGGUGUACAAAGAUGGAAGAAAGUUGAGGUUAGGAUUGAAGAACACAUAGUGAUCCCCACUUUCCCAUUAGGGUUAUCAUCAGUGGAUGACUAUGAUGUUCAUUUCAACAACUACUUGUCCGAGAUAGCCAUGGAACCACUAUCAGGAACUAGGCCUCCAUGGGAAGUCCAUGUUAUCACAUACCCUACAAGAAAUGGUUGUGGGUCUAUUGUGUUCAAGCUGAACCAUGCAUUAGGAGAUGGUUAUGCUAUGAUGGGUACAGUUAUGUCUUGUCUUAAAAGGGCUGAUGAUCCUUCAAAGCCAAUUUCUCUUCCUUUGCCAUCAGGGAGAGUGGGUGGAGAGAUGAGCAAAUGGUCAAAAAUGGCAAGGUUUGCUUAUAGGUGCUUUAACACAGUUUCUGAUUUCAGUAGAGGGAUGUUGCAGGGGUUGGUUUUGGAAGACGAUAAGUCGGUAAUCCGGUCCGGCAUGCCACGAGUGGAGCCUGUGACGAUAGAGAUAUCAUCUGUUAGCUUCUCUGUGGAUCAGAUACGCUCCAUUAAGGCCAAAGUUGGAGCAACUGUGAAUGAUGUUAUAAUGGGGAUGAUCUAUUAUGCAAUCCAACUUUACAUAGUAAGAAAGGGGCAAAAUUCAAGUGGUGACACAAGUGUGACUGCACUAUUUGUUCAAAACAUGAGAAAGUUUAGGGGAGAUGAAAGCGUUGAAGACAUGGUAAAAGGCAAAAUAUGGGGAAACCAGUUUGGGUUAUGUAUAAUGCCACUACCCUCAAUUAGUGGUGAUGAUAUAGCAAAUGUGGAUCCCCUCAACUUCAUCAUCAAAGCAAAGGAGCAGACUAGUAGAAACAAAAAUUCUGCAGCUCUUUAUUUCUCUUCAAAAAUGCUGAACCUAAUGAGUUCCAAGGGGGCAACUCAAUUCAUCCAUUCUACCCUGAAGAACACAAGUCUUGUGGUUUCUAAUGUGCCUGGUCCAAUGCAAAAGGUGGUACUUCUAGGCCAUGCUCUCAAUAGCAUCUACUUUACUGUGGUUGGUACUCCUCAGAGUCUAUUUUUCACUGUAAUGAGUUAUAAUGGAGAACUUAGACUGGUGGCAAGAACUGAGAAGGGAUUUAUUGAUAGUGAAUUGCUAGUUUCCUUUAUAAAAGAAGCCUUUGAGAAGUUUGUUGCAGCAACUCUUGGAAAGGAUGCAAUGGUAGAAAAUUCAAAGAAUGGAUUCUCUUCUUCAGAUUCUUAAGAGAAAUUAUUUGAAGAAACUUAUUGGCCAAAUAUAUUAUUGUAAUAUUUCUGCCUCGAAUGUCUAGCAAAACUUGUAGCUAAUUUGACAUGUGGCCUCUUAUCUGACUACUAAGAUAUGUGGGCUCCAUCAACCCUUGUGAUUGUCAGGUUCAAACUCAAAUGAAACUUCUUUAAUUUACUA